UUUCUUCCCAUUGAUCAUCGCUCAACCCCUCCAAAAUUCCAGUAGAUUUGUAUUGAGAUUCUCAAUUUCUUCAAAUUACCACAACUAGUCCUCCCUAGUUUUUUGAUUUCAAAUUAGCAUUAUGACCACUGAAGAACCUGUUGUCCCUAUUGAGGGUGUGGCCGAACGGGUCGGAGAUGAACAUGCUGUUGGAGAGAACCCUCCAGCGGAAACAGCCAAGUCUAAGAAAGCCACCACCAAAAAGGAAUCCAAGCCUAAAAAAGCUAUUGUUGUCCCGCGAAAGCGUAAUCCUCCUUAUCUCGAGAUGAUUGAGGAUGCGAUUGUGACGCUGAAGGAGAAAACUGGUUCUAGUCAGUACGCAAUUACAAAGUUCAUUGAGGAGAAGCAGAAGAAUCUCCCACCGAAUUUCAAGAGGCUUUUGCUGGUUCAAUUGAAAAAGUUCGUGGCUUCUGGAAAGCUGGUCAAAGUGAAGGGUUCGUACAAGCUCCCGUCGGCUCCGAAGCCAGCUGCCUCUGCACCGGUUAAGAAGAAGCCCGUUCCAGUCGCCAAGCCGAAAGCUUCUUCUCUGAAAAUCACUAAGGAGAAGAAGCCUGGCCCUUCAAAAGCCUACCCAAAGCCAGCUGCUAAGCCGAAGCCAAGUGCUAAGGCGAAGCCAGCUGCAAAACCUAAAGCUGUUGCAGCGGCUAAGCCAAAGGCGGCUGCCAAGACCAAGGCAGUAGCUAAGCCAAAAACGGAGAAGAAGCCACCGGCUAAGGUGGCAAGGACCUCGUCGAGAACUACUCCUGGGAAGAAGGUGGUGGCGGCUCCCAAGAAGGCUGCGCCAGCUGCUAAGAGGACCUCGGCUAGGAGCGUGAAGCCGAAGAGUGUCAAGUCUCCCGUAAAGAAAGUAGCUGUUAAGAAGGGAAAGAAGUGAGAGGGGCCUAGUAUCGGAAAUAGCUAUCGUUUGUGGGGAUAAUUCUGUAAAUUUGUCUUGAUCCUUUUUAGUUGUGCGUAGCUGGUUUUUAUGUUAACGAAGCCUUACAUAAUCUACCUUUUUCUUUUUUAAAAUUUACUUGUUUCUCCGCUUCUAUUAUUCUUAGGGCUUUGAAUUUUAGGGAUGAUUAAGCGUUCUUAUAAUCUUGUGUUCAGCAGAGAUUUUUUUCAACUU